GUUUGGUUUUUAUUUUUUUGUUCCCGUAGCCUAUAUAAAUAAGGGGAUCUAAAACCCAUACAACACAUAAUAAGCAGCUAUACUCUCUCUGCCUAAACACUUUCCUUUUAUAUUCGUAGUCUUUCUCCUCUCUCUUUCUAGAAAUAGAAACCAUGGGAAUCGCAGAAGAAAGCAGCAAGCCAAUGUGGGGGAGCAUCAGCCAUGCGUCUCCAGGCCACGCUCUUAGUGGCAAAAUCAUGAUAUCCUCAGUGAUCAUCCUCUCCGUCGCCCUUAUUAUGAUCAUCUGCUUCCACAGCUACGCCAGAUGGCUAUUCCGCCGUCAGAACCGUCGCAUUCGCCGCCGGAUUCGUGCUCACCUCCGUGCUCUCUCCGCCUCAACCAUCUCCUCCUCCUCACUCUCCCCUCUCGAUCCAGCGAUCCUCGAGAAGAUUCCGAUCUUCGUUUACUCCUCGGAGACUCAUCAUCAAUCGCCACUGGAGGAGUGUUCCGUUUGCUUGUCUGAGUUCGAGGAAGAAGACCACGGCCGUUGCCUCCCGAAAUGUGGCCACGCUUUUCACGUCGAUUGCAUCGAUACUUGGUUCCGUUCCAGUUCCACUUGCCCGCUUUGCAGAGCUCCGGUUCAACCCGAGAAUAUGUCCACCGAACAAAUCACUCCGGUUAAACCGGUCGAGGACAUAGAAACUGGAUGUUCUUCUUCCUCCUCUUCGUCGUCUUCGCCGUUGAGGUUUCCUAUGGAGGCGUGUGAGAGACAGCCUAUCGAUUUAGAUGGUCUCACGGUGGAGAUUCCCACAGAGUUUGAAGGCUCUAUUAACCCGGUUUUAUCAUUGAAAAGGCUAUGGAGCAUCUAAACCGGAUGUGGCUUGUGGGCCAAGAGAGGAAACUUCAAAUGGUUGUAUUUUUUGCCAAACCCGCAUGAAAUUUCAACACGUGGCACUAAUACGGGCCCACGCGGCCGUCACUCCUGGACCCCGAGAGCGCGACUUCGUCACCUCGGUGCUGGUGGCCUGCGAAGAGCUUUUUACUUACAUUAACUAGCUUAAGACCCCCUUAACUGCCGCAAGAUGAAUUAUAUAUAUUUAUAAAUAUUUUUUAAGUAUAAUUUAUUUGUAUCCAUUUAUG